CGGGAGCUACGCAGGCGCAGAGCGGCGCAGGGCCGCGGCGGCCGCUCCCUGGCUGGCAGUGCUCGCUAAGAUGGCGGAUUUCCUGCCAUCGCGGUCCCCGCUGUCGGGCUGCUUCCCGGGCUGCCUGCUCAACAGCAGCGAGGCGGAGCAGCAGCGAAAGUCCAAAGAGAUAGACAAGUGCCUGUACCGCGAGAAGACCUACGUCAAGCGGCUCGUCAAGAUCCUGCUGCUGGGCGCGGGCGAGAGCGGCAAGAGCACCUUCCUCAAGCAGAUGCGCAUCAUCCACGGGCAGGACUGGGACCGGGCCGCUCGAGAGGAGUUCCGCGCCACCAUCUACAGCAACGUCAUCAAGGGUGUGAGAGUCCUUGUGGAUGCUCGAGAGAAACUUCAUAUUCCUUGGGGAAAUCCGUCUAACCAAAGAAAUGGUGAUGUGCUGAUGGCCUUUGAUACCCGCUCAGGAGUGGUUGCGAACGGAAUGGUGGAGACCCAAGUUUUUUUGCAGUUCCUUCCAGCAAUAAGAAGCUUGUGGGCAGAUAGUGGUAUCCAGCAUGCCUAUGACAGACGCAGAGAAUUUCAACUGGGGGAGUCUGUGAAAUAUUUUCUGGAUAACUUGGAUAAACUUGGAGAACAAGACUAUCUUCCCUCCCAGCAAGAUAUUCUAUUGGCACGAAAACCUACAAAAGGGAUUCAUGAGUAUGAUUUUGAAAUUAAAAAUGUUCCCUUCAAGAUGGUUGAUGUAGGUGGCCAAAGGUCAGAGCGGAAACGUUGGUUUGAAUGCUUUGACAGCGUCACUUCUAUAUUGUUCCUGGUUUCAUCGAGUGAAUUCGACCAGGUACUUAUGGAGGAUCGACUAACAAAUCGCCUUACAGAAUCUUUGAACAUUUUUGAAACUAUAGUCAACAACCGGGUUUUCAGCAAUGUCUCCAUAAUCCUCUUCCUAAACAAGACAGACUUACUUGAGGAAAAAGUGCAAAAAGUGAGCAUCAAAGACUAUUUCCCAGAGUUUGAAGGGGAUCCCCACAACUUAACAGACGUCCAAAAAUUCCUGGUGGAUUGUUUUCGCACGAAACGCCGGGACCAGCAGCAGCAGAAGCCCUUGUACAACCACUUCACCACUGCUAUUAAUACAGAAAAUAUCCGCCUGGUAUUCCGUGAUGUAAAGGAUACCAUCCUUCAUGACAACCUCAAGCAGCUCAUGCUACAGUGAUGCGCAGCAACAACAACGAAAAACUUUGAUUUGUGUUAAUAGUUUACAGCAGGAGUUGGAAAAAGGUCUUGUCCGACCUCAUGAUGUGUGGGUAAAGCUGCUGCUGUUCCAGUUAAUUGCCAACUUCUCUCAAAAUUCAGGCUUAAAUCUUUUCUGCUAUAUCUCUGUCUUGAAAGAGUUUUCAUUUCUUAACAGACCUCAACUUUUUUAAAGCUAACUCACAUGUUUUAACCUCUUCCCUUUUUUCAGCCUGACGAAGCCUGUACUCCAAUAACAAGUAACUUGUAGACAUGCAGUUUAAAGAAUUUACUUCGGAAACUUGAUAAGUUUAAAAAGCAGUUUGGCAUGUGAAAGGGCUAUAGAAGAGAUUUGUAUAACUCUGGACUGCUCUCCAAGCUUGGCCAACCACCACCGUCAGUUCUUUGUGGCAAAUAGCUCCACCCUGUCAAAUAAUUAAGCUGUCUUUGAAGUUUACAAAUGUAUUUUUGCUUCCAUGCCAAUAUAGGAUGUUCACCAAAUGGUACCAGAAAGGAGGUCCACUACCAGUGAAUAUUUUAAUCAGAAACAAUCAUGCAAAGGGACUUCUCAUCUUAAUUGGUCAUUUUUAGAUCAUGUGGUUUGACAAAAAAAUCUAUGCUUUAAGUUUGGAACUAACUAGUUUAAAUCGUACAGCUGUUUGCAGCUUUAGAUGUCUGCCAGUUGCUGUGAAUUAACUGUUUUAAGAAUGUUCCUUGAGGAUUUUUGUUGUUCUUCAGUUAGCUCAUACAUUAUGGUUUGGAUGAUGGAGGAAACCAAGCAAGAGAUUUGUUUCUGUUAAGCAGCAGCAGCAGUGUUUAUAGAUGUCAGGUGCAUCUAUAGGGUUGACAAUACUGAGAAUGCACAUAACUGUAUUAAUAUACAGGACUCAAUAUUAUAUUGCUGACCAAAAAGGCAGAAAGUGAUUAUCAAAAAUUAUAAGGGAACUGAAUUAUAACCUUGAAAUGCCAUAUUGCAAGACAGUGAAAUUUUAAAGGGCCUCCACUUUCCGCCUCAGUUGCUGCACACCUCAAUAACUCAGCCUUGUAAGCACCCCAUUCACUAAAACACAAGUUUUGUGGAACUACCAUAACUGCCUUUUUCAUCUCAAUUCUGAGGAGGCUAGUGACGCUUUUGAUUUCUCAGGUGUUGGUUUAAAAGCCCAUAUUAUACUAGUUACUCUGGAUUUCCAAGUUAACUGUAAACUUUAUUGCAGGUCUUACUAUGCUAUGCUUUAAAGGGAACAUCUACAAAAGCAAUGGAUACUUAUGCCUGUUCUAACACUUUACUCUCAUAAAAGUUUUAAUGGUUAACAUGAUCAGAGAUUAGCAGCACAGUUCCCCCUUUUUUGUUACACAGGCCAAAUUUGAUGCAUUGCUACUGCAAUUCCAUAAUCUUUGUGGAAGGAAGUCAGUCAGCAAAAUCCAUAGGUUUGAAACCAAUUUAGUUUUGCUGUCUAGAUCCAGGUAACUUGAGAGCUCGUGCCAAUUAAGUGCUUUACUAGAACAGGCUCAGUGUGGAAUAGUGAGCCUAUUACAGCAUCAGAAAACACUGUUAAGUGAUGCAGAAUCCUUUAACCUAAAGUGCCUCUUAAUUGCUUUUCCUUGCGGUGGCCUUAACACAAAUGCCAAUGUUUCAGAUCGUGGCCUUUUGUGGGGUGGGGUGGGGACUCCAUUGCCAGGUUAAACUUACCGGUAGCUACUGCACAGAGAUGUUGCAUAUUUGCUAGAAAAUACUAAAAAUAAAAAUGAAACCACCCACUCAGAUAUUCUGAAGUGUAACAGUAUAGGUGUAGGUGUUCUGGGGAUAAUAUUUCUCCCACUCCUGUAUUCUUUCAGGAGUCAAUCAAAAUCGGUAUGCAAAGUGCUUUUUGCUAGUCUUCUAAGUAAUAUAUAGUUAAGGGCAGUAUUUGCUUUUAAAUGUGUUAACAAAUCAUGAUUUAUGUGGAACUACAAGCAAACAGGAACAAAUUGGUUUCAUUGACUCAGUUUUAUAAUACUGCUAAUGGGUAUAGUUUUUAAAGUGUGUCAUGCACAGAUUUUCCAUUGUACUCCAGAAAAAUUGCUAGAAGUGGAGAGAUUUGGAGUAUUUGGCUUUUUUAACCAAAAGGAGACAUUUUGGGGUGGGGCUGCAAAUUUAAUUAAGGGAACUGGGGAGGAGAGGGGUGGUCUCCCCCCCCCCCCCCGCUGGCAGCUUUCCCACUCAGUCUCACACAUACACAGCUGCUUUUCCUCCACAGCUUGGUGGUGGGGGUGUAAUUUUGAUAGGAAAAUUUAGCUAGAGGGGAAAGAGUGAAGCAGCCCUUGGCUAUUCAUCUGCUUAACCUUCAUGGCAACUU